AUGCAGGUGGAAUCUACCAAUGACACAUUAGCAACUGAAUUUGAGCUGGUUGGAUUUCUUGCCGUGGAGGACUAUGCUGUACUCUUCUUUAUCUUCUUACUUGUGAUCUACCUGCUCAUCCUGACAGCCAAUGCCACCAUCUUCUUCAUCAUCUAUACCACCCCACAUCUUCACAUUCCUAUGUAUUUCUUAAUUGCUGUAUUGGCGGUCUUGGAGGUGUCCUACACAACGGUCACCAUGCCUAGGAUCCUGGUAGACCUUCUGAGAAGCAAAAAGUCCAUCUCCUUCAGUGGCUGCCUUCUGCAGAUCUAUUUCUUCCACAGCCUGGGCAUCUCAGAGGCAUGUUUGCUUACAGCAAUGGCUUAUGACCGAUACUUAGCCAUCUGCAAACCGUUAAAUUAUGCAACUAUCAUGACAACCAAACUUUGCUGCCAACUUGUGCUGGUGUGCUGCCUUUGUGGCUUUGCCUGCCCUUUAUCAGAAAUCAUCUUGACUGCCUGGUUGCCCUUCUGUCAGUCCAAACAUAUAAAUCACAUAUUCUGUGAUUUCCCUCCAGUCAUCAGCCUGGCCUGUACGGACAUAACACCCAACAUUGUGGUAGAUUUCUCCCUCCAUACUGUUGUCAUCAUGGUCCCCGUUUUUCUUAUCCUUCUUUCAUACACAAAAAUAUUGAAAGUUAUUCUCAAUAUCCAGAACUCAGAAGGCCGUCAGAAGGCUUUUUCCACCUGUGCCUCACACCUUACUGUGGUUCUCAUUUUUUUUGGCACCAUUAGUUUCAUGUACAUGCGCCUGAGUUGGAUGACAUCGGUCCAUUAUGACAGGAUCAUAGCUGUGAUCUACGCUUUCUUUGUCCCACUCUUCAACCCUAUUAUUUAUAGUUUGAGAAACAAAGAGAUCUGGAAGGUGAUACAAAAGAUGAUCAUUUGCCCUACUCCAGCAUGUAGCAAUAAUAUGUGA